GCGAGCAAAUGAUACCCGUAUUGAACGCACUGUCCGUCGAUUGCGCCCUCUUUGGGAACCACGAGUUCGACUUUGGUGUCCCUCAUCUGGAGUCGUUUGUCAGCAGAACUAACUUCCCGUGGGUUUUGUCCAAUGUAUUCGAUCCGCAGACCAACCGUCCGAUGGCCGGCGCUUUCCUCUUCCAUACCAUUCGUAGAAAUGGCAAAAAAGUAGGAAUCAUAGGUCUGGUGGAAGAGCAGUGGUUGGCCGACGCCAUAGACCAGCCAUUUCUGUACCGAAACUUUAUAACCGAAGGAAAACUAUUGGCCAAACAGUUGAAGGAAAAGGAGAGCGUAGACUUUGUGAUUGCCUUAACACACAUGCGAUGGCCUAACGAUUGCCUUUUGGCCCAAAACGUGCCCGAAAUUGAUUUAAUUCUGGGCGGACACGACCACGACUACCAGUGCCGUCGCGUCAACAAUAUAUUGUGCGUUAAAAGUGGUACUGAUUUUCGACAAUUCAGUAAAAUAGACGUCCAAUUCGUCGGUUCCCAGAAAUACGAGAUUAAAUGCAAUGAAAUUACUGUCAAUUCGUUUGACUUCAACGAAGACCAGGCGCUGAAAGAGGAGCUCAAGAAGUACUCGUUUGCCGUCGAAUCCAAAAUGGAUAUCGUUUUGUGCGAAAUGCGGUCACAACUGGACGGACGGUUCGCCUCAAUACGAAAUAAAGAGACAAAUUUAGGCAAUUUUAUAUGCGAUAUAGUGUUGGCCACCACUGGUGCCGAUGCCGUCCAGUGCGCGAUU